AUGCCGUCGCUUUUGGAGUUGGAACAAAUUGUGUACCUGAAUGCCACAGUCCGUGAAGCCAUACGAUUCGCCAUUGCAGCUCCAGGGCGGUUAUCGCGUGUCGUUCCACGGGACAGCAAACCUCUAAUUGUUGAUGGGCAGGUGAUACCUGCAGGAAACGUCGUUGGCAUGUCCGCAUACACUAUGAAAUUCAGCAAAGAGCUAUGGGGUGAUGAUGCCGCAGAUUUCAAACCCGAUCGUUGGCUGGGUGAAGGUGGAAAAGGUCUGGACACAAAUAUGUGCUCAUUCUCGAAGGGUCUUCGAAGCUGCCUUGGUCAGAAUCUGGCAUUCGCUGAGUUGCAUUACAUCUUGGCAUAUCUCUUUGCCAAGUAUGACAUUGAAUUGGCUGAUAAGCCGGGCGACAUUGAGGUUUACGAUCGGUUUACUAAUUAUGUUACAAAACAUUCUAUCAUGGUAAACAUGAAGAAGCACAAGCCUUCUAAGUAA